AUGCAGGAGGAGGGAGGAGGAAAUGGAGAGGCUGAGGAGAUCAGACGACUUCAGGAGCUUCAGCUGGAGGAGAAGUUGGCCUCUUUGGCUCUUCUUCAGUCUGCAAUAGCAGCCGAAACACCACCCAGACCGGAGGGUGAGAUGGAGUCAGGAGAAACUGGAGAGGAUGCAUCCAAUCAGGAGGAGGCGAUCCGUCCUCACGAGGCCAAUCAGGUGGAGGAGAUCCUGCGACUAGAGCGGGAAAUCCAGUCCCUCCAGGCAGAAGGAGCGUCAGGAACUCUCUCUGACCGAAGCUUCGUUAAGCCGCCUUCAGCUUCUCCGGGAUCAGGAGCUCCGGCGCCUGGAGGACGAAGCGUGCAAGGAACAUCGAGAGCUCCUUGGGAGUGGAGGAGAAGAGAGAAGAGGAGAAGGAGGGUGGACGAAGGAGGAGAGGCGACGAGAGAAGAGGUGGACGAAGGGUUUGGAGCGGACGAUGACGCGUUCAAAGACUCGCCGAACCCGAGUGAACACGGCCAUUCGGACGGACAGCGGACAAGCGGGAUUCGAACGAGCGACGACUCGUCUGAAGAAGAUCCGUACGCCAAUGAUGGAGUAACCCCGCCUCUUCCACCAACCCCUCUGCUUCACCCAGUGCUACCUCUACUUCCAGCGCCUCCCAGUGCUUCAUCCAGCGAAAAUUCAGCCUUCUGCCACCCCAAAGCUUCGUCCGAGGCGCAGUCAGAAGAUCUGGUGGAGCUCAUUCCUCCGGACGAGGACUCGGACUACGACCAGGACGACUACGAUGAAGGCGCCAUCGUCUCCAGUGGCAGCGUGGCCUUCUCAAACCCUUGCAGUGGGCAGUGGUCUCCGGACUACCGAGGGUCUGUCGGCACCUACAACAGCUCAGGGGCGUAUCGCUUCAGCUCGGACGGGGCUCAGUCCUCGUUUGAGGACAGCGAAGACGACUUCGACAGGUUCGACACCGAUGACGAGCUUUCGUAUCGACGGGACUCCGUCUACAGCUGCGUCACGCUGCCGUACUUCCACAGCUUCCUCUUCAUCAAAG